UCUCGGAGCGAACCAGGAUUUCAGACUGUGAACGCACUGAUUAAAGACAGCGCAACUGAAGUUUCAAGAGUGCGCACAAGUGCUUAACACAAGUCAAGAAAACUUCACGAUAAAGUUCACGGAUAGUCUACGGCAGGAUGUGCGGGAUAUUUGCUUACCUGAACUAUCAAGUGCCCCGCACAAGGAAAGAGAUCUUUGAGACGCUGGUGAAAGGACUGCAGAGGCUGGAGUACAGAGGAUAUGAUUCAGCCGGUGUUGCAGUGGACGGAUCAGCCAAGAACAACGAGAAAGAUGCAAACAACAACAUCUGUCUGAUUAAGCAGAAGGGGAAAGUCAAGAACCUGGAUGAGGAGCUUUACAAGAAGGGCACCCUGGACCUCGAUGAGGAGCUGCAGACCCACUCUGGCAUCGCUCACACCCGCUGGGCCACACACGGAGAGCCCAGCCCCGUCAACAGCCACCCUCACCGCUCCGACAAAAACAACGAAUUUGUUGUGAUCCACAAUGGAAUCAUCACAAACUACAAGGAGCUGAAGAAGUACCUGAACUCCAAGGGCUACGAGUUUGAGUCUGAGACGGACACGGAGGUCAUCCCCAAGCUGAUCAAGUAUGUGUACGAUAACCGCGAGAAGGAGCACGUCUCAUUCUCAACACUCGUGGAGCGCGUCAUCCAGCAGCUGGAAGGUGCUUUUGCUCUGGUUUUCAAAAGUAUCCACUUCCCAGGAGAGGCUGUGGCCACCAGGAGGGGGAGCCCACUGUUGAUUGGUGUUCGAAGCCAAUUUGAGCUGACAAGCCAACACAUUCCCAUCAAGUACAGUGGGAAUAAGUCGGACGGAGUCCAGGAGAAGAACAGUCGCAACAGGGCCGAGUCUGUGGGCGAGCAGCAGGACCUGAUGGACAUGAAGGCCGUGGAGUACUACUUCGCCUCAGACGCCAGUGCCAUCAUCGAGCACACCAACAAAGUCAUCUACCUGGAGGACGACGACAUCGCCGCGGUGAUCAACGGUAAGCUGUCCCUGCACCGCGUCAACAGGAAGACCGGCGAGGAGUCCGUCAGGGCCAUCCAGACCUUGCAGAUGGAGCUGCAGCAGAUCAUGAAAGGUAACUUUGAUGCCUUCAUGCAGAAGGAGAUCUUCGAGCAGCCAGAGUCCGUGGUGAACACAAUGAGAGGGCGGAUCUGCUUCGAGGCCAGCAAAGUAAUUCUUGGAGGGUUGAAGGACCACCUGAAGGAGAUCAAGCGCUGCAGGAGGCUCAUCAUGAUUGGCUGUGGCACCAGCUUCCACGCCGCUGUGGCGACCAGGCAGAUCCUGGAGGAGUUGACGGAGCUUCCUGUCAUGGUGGAGCUGGCCAGUGACUUCCUGGACAGGUACACGCCCGUCUUCAGAGACGACGUCUGCUUCUUCAUCAGCCAAUCAGGUGAGACGGCGGACACCUUGAUGGCGCUGCGCUACUGUAAGGACCGGGGCGCUCUGACUGUGGGCAUCACCAACACUGUGGGCAGCUCUAUCUCCAGGGAGACCACCUGCGGCGUCCACAUCAACGCCGGGCCCGAGAUUGGGGUGGCCAGCACCAAGGCGUACACCAGUCAGUUUGUGGCGUUGAUCAUGUUUGGUCUGAUGAUGAGUGAGGACCGCAUCUCCAUGCAGAAGAGGAGGGAGGAGAUCAUCACCGGCCUGAGAGACCUCCCGGACAUGAUCAAGAAGGUGCUGGAGCUGGACCCCAAGAUCAAGUGCAGUGCUGAGGAGCUGUACCAGCAGAAGUCCCUACUGGUCAUGGGCAGAGGCUUCAAUUAUGCCACCUGCCUGGAGGGGGCACUGAAAAUCAAGGAGAUCACCUACAUGCACUCGGAGGGCAUCCUGGCGGGGGAGCUGAAGCACGGGCCGCUGGCGCUGAUCGACAAGCACAUGCCCGUCAUCAUGGUCAUCAUGAGAGAUGGCUGCUACACCAAAUGCCAGAAUGCUCUGCAGCAGGUCACGGCCAGACAGGGCAAGCCCAUCAUCAUCUGUAGCCAGGACGACCAGGAGACCAUCAAGUCGGCGUACACGACGAUCGAGCUGCCGCACACGGUGGACUGCCUGCAGGGCAUCCUCAGCGUCAUCCCCCUACAGCUCAUGUCCUUCCACCUCGCAGUGCUGCGCGGAUUCGACGUUGACUGUCCCAGAAAUCUGGCCAAGUCGGUCACUGUGGAGUAAAACUACAGCUGAGGAAAGGACAAUGAGAACAUACUCCACAACAUAGUGCAAUUAAGUGUGUUUGAACAAGUGUGUGUGGGUGUUUGUAUACAUAGGGUAUGUGUGUGUGUGUGUGUGUGUG